GAGGAACUUAAGUGCAUGAAGAAUUUCAACAGGGAAGAUAGAAGCAAAUCUGGUGCUACUUGUGCCCUAAGAGAUUCCAAAUGCAUGACCAAAAAGGUUGGAACUGAUGAAAGUUGGUCCCUGGUUGAGAAGCGCUUUGAUGAGUUGUCGGUUGAUGGAAAAUUGCCCAAAACUCGCUUUAGCCAGUGCAUAGGAAUGCAUGAGUCCGAGGAGUUUGCCAGUGAGUUAUUUGAUGCAUUAGCUCGUCGUCGAGGCAUAACAUCAAUUUCCAUAACCAAGGACGAGUUGCGUGAAUUUUGGGAGCAAAUUACAUGUCAGAGCUUUGAUUCGAGACUUCAAACUUUUUUGGACAUGGUGCACAAGAAUGCCAAUGGACGAGUAACCAAAGAAGAAGUAAAAGAGAUUAUCUCCUUAAGCGCUUCAGUUAAUAAGCUGUCAAAAAUACAAGAACGUGCAGAGGAAUAUGCUACCGUUAUCAUGGAGGAGCUGGAUCCGGGCAACCUUGGAUACAUUGAGCUUUACAACUUGGAAAUGCUUCUUGUGAAAGCAAAGGCACAAUCAACCCAAUUAACCACGGUGCUGGACCAGAAGCUAGUCCCUACCAUAGAGCACAACCCCAUCAAAGGAGGCUUCCGAGCGUUGGCAUACUUAGUUGAGGACAAUUGGAAACGUCUUUGGGUCAUAGCCCUAUGGCUUUCCAUUUGCGCAGCACUUUUCACUUGGAAAUUCUUCCAGCUCAAGCACCAUUCCGCUGUGUUCCAUGUCAUGGGCUAUUGUGUCGCAACAGCUAAGGGCAGUGCUGAGACCCUCAAGUUCAACAUGGCCUUGAACUUGUUGCUUGUUUGUAGAAACACCAUCACUUGGCUCAGGAGCUGGACCAACCUAGGAGUAGUGAUCCCCAUUGACGACAACAUUAACUUUCACAAGGUGAUAGCUUUUGGAAUUGCUAUUGGAGUUGGGUUGCAUGCGAUUUCACAUACGGUAUGUGACUUCCCAAGGUUAUUACACUGCACGGACGCAGAAUAUGACCACCUGAAACCCUUUUUUGGGGAUAAAAAGCCCAACAGUUAUUGGCUGUUUGUGAAAGGGACCGAGGGUUGGACCGGGGUGCUCAUGGUGGUGCUUAUGGUUAUACCCUUCAUUUUGGCUCAACCUUGGUGUCGUCGGAAUACGCUAAAUCUCCCCAAAGCCCUCAAGAAGCUCACUGGUUUCAACGCAUUUUGGUACUCCCAUCACCUCUACGUCAUAGUCUAUGCCCUUUUAGUCAUUCAUGGAUACUACUUAUACCUCAUCAAGGAAUGGUACGAGAAAACGACAUGGAUGUAUCUCGCUGUUCCCAUGAUACUAUACACAUACGAAAGGCUACUUCGUGCUUUUAGGCCCAGUUACAAGUCUGUAACAAUUUUGAAGGUUGCGGAGUACCCAGGGAAUAUACUGGCAUUGCAUUUGUCUAAACCACAAGGAUUUAAGUACACUAGUGGCCAGUGUAUUUACGUUAACUGUUCUGAUGUCUCCCCAUUUGAAUGGCAUCCCUUUUCUUUUACAUCUGCUCCGGGAGAUGACUACUUAAGCAUUCACAUUCGGGCUUUGGGUGAUUGGACAUCACAGCUGAAGGCUGUUUUCUCCAAGGCAUGUCAACCAGCAAGUGAUGACAAAAAUAUUGGUCUUCUAAAAGCUGAUAUGUUCCAAUGUAACAAUAAACCAAGGAUGCCAAGGCUCUUGAUUGAUGGACCUUAUGGAGCUCCGGCACAAGACUACAAAAACUACGAAGUCCUCCUUCUCGUGGGGCUAGGAAUUGGCGCCACCCCUUUGAUUAGCAUACUAAGAGACAUGCUAAACAACAUUAAGCAACAACGAGACAUAGAAGAAGGUGUAACAGAUAGCAGAGUGAUGAAAAACAAGAAGACAAAAACUUUUGCUCCCAAGCGAGCCUAUUUUCAUUGGGUUACUCGUGAGCAAGGUUCUUUUGAGUGCUUCAAAGGGGUGAUGAAUGAGAUAGCAGAGAAUGACAAGGAAAGAGUGUUUGAGCUUCAUAACUAUUGCACAAGUAGUGCGCAUAAAGAAGGAGUUGCUCGUUCUGCUUUGAUCACAAUGCUUCAGUCACUUCACUAUGCCAAACAUCACGUGGAUAUAGUUUCAGGGACAAGUGUCAGAACAUACUUUGCUAGACCCAAUUGGCGUGAAAUAUUUAUACACACUUCCCUCAAACACCCCGAGAAAAGAGUUGGUGUUUUUUACUGUGGGACGCAAGGAUUGACUAGGGAACUAAGAAGGCUUUCUCUGGACUUUUCCAGGAAAACCAGCACCAAGUUUGAUUUUCACAAAGAAAACUUUUAG